CACUGGCGUACUACGUCAAAUGCGUAGCAGGGUUACGCAACGUAAGAUCACCAAAGGGAAGUGUGAUGUGGCUCUGAAUCGCAACAAAAAUGUCUGCCAUUUUCAACUUCCAGUCACUUCUUACGGUGAUUCUGCUCCUAAUUUGUACCUGUGCCUACAUCAGAGCUCUGGCUCCCAGCCUUCUUGACAAAAACAAGACUGGACUCCUAGGUAUUUUUUGGAAAUGUGCCAGAAUAGGAGAGCGAAAGAGUCCUUGGGUGGCCUGCUGUUGUGUCAUCAUGGCUUUUAGUAUAUUGUUCUUGCAGUAACAAAAGAAGAGCUAUCCACUGUGGAAAUGAGAUGAGUUGAUAUAAGCACCAAACACUGAAUCUAGUCACACACAAGAACUUUGCAGGCUGUGAUUGCUUCAAAAAAAAAAAAAAGAUGGGGGACCCUGUCAUCAGUCCCUACCAAACACACUCGUGUGUGUGUGUGUGUGUGUGUUGGCAGAAGAGUGCAAGUAUGUAUUCAUCAGACUUAUGUCUCAACUAAUGCAAAGCAUUAACAGUAUGUGAACAAUGGGGGCCAAUUUAUUCAUUUCUGUUUUCUGCUUUAUGCAAUUGUUGUUAUUCGUCACCUUCUAUCACAAUUAUGGGGAUCAAGAUACAUUUGUCUGAACGUUUCAGAACAUUUUUAGAAACAUGCCAAUGCUUAAUUUUAAUUUCUUAUAAACUCAUAAAACAAAAUAAAUAUCUGUGAACCUCUGACCCAAAUGCUUACUUUUUAGUUCAACUGAUGUAUGAAACAUUUGAAAUGACUAUCUUUCAUACUAUAUGCUCUGCACGAUUGUAGGUAUUGUUAGAAAAUGGAAUAGAAAAUUUCCCCCAACAGGCAUUCAGUUAUUGUGUAUUUGUUGAAAGGGGUUUGUUUUAAAGUAAAAUUGUCAAUAUUUAUUAAAACUUUUUUCAAAAAUCUGGAAA